AUCCAUAGGAAGAGGAUGGAGAAAGACCUUCUGGAGCUGCAGACUCUAAUCGAUGUCCACUUUGAGCAGAGGAAGAAAGAGGAAGAGGAGCUGAUUGGACUCAAAGACAGGAUUGAGAGCCGCCGGGCAGAAAGAGCCGAGCAGCAGCGUGUGAGGGCUGAAAAAGAGCGUCACAGACAGACACGGAUUGCGGAGGAGAGACAGAGGAAAGAGGACGAAGAGGCGAAGAAGAGGGCCGAUGAAGAGGCCAAGAAGAAGAAAGUGCUUUCCAACAUGGGGGCUCACUUCGGAGGAUUCCUGGCCAAGGCAGAGCAGAGACGAGGCAAAAAGCAAACUGCGAGGGAAAUCAAGAAGACGACUCUGGCAGAAAGACGCAAGCCACUGGCUGUUGAGACCCUGAGAGAGGACGACCUGAGAGAGAGAGCCAAUGAGAUGUGGGAAUGUAUCUACCAGCUUGAGUCUGAGAAAUUUGACCUGACUGAGAAGACGAGGAGGCAGAAGUAUGAGAUCAACGUACUCCUGAACAGAAUCCAAAAUGCUCAGAAAUUCAAAAAGGUCCAUGGUAAGGGGAAGGUCGGAGGACGCUGGAAGUGAACUCACAC